AAUCUGUCUCAUGUCUCAUUUGGCUGUCGUUGAGUGAAGAAAACGCGAGCACGAAAAAUUUGUUCAAAAUUUGGAAGUUGUUAUUGUUCGUAGUGAAGCAGAAAAAUGUUCGCCUUGUGGUAUUUGUCCUUCGCAAUCGAUGAAAUACGAAAACAUUUUGGUUGGUUUUUCAAUAACAUUAAAAUAAAAGGUGCUAAAAAUGCUAUAGAAAAUAAGCCACAAGCAACGCCACAGCCGCCAACAGCAGCAGCACCAGCACCUGCACCGGCGCCAGUAGCGAAGAAAAUUACAGAAAAUAAGCCGACGCCGACGCCUACACCCAAACCAACACAGCCGGAAAUAAGGCCAACCGCAGAUGCACCCCCAUCCGCACCCGCACCUGCACCUGCACCUUCACCUGCGCCCGCUCGAGUUUCUACACCACCAAAACCAAUUGAAAAACCAGCACCCGCAACACCACCAACAACACCCGAAGCAAGCCCAUCAAUUAGAUCACCAGCAGCUCCAAGCCCUGCUGCCCUCAAACGUGAAACAGUAGCAGCGGAUGCUUUGGAUAGAAAGCUGCAAGAGGCGAGUAAACCGUUUGAAAAUGGUAAAGAUAAGUUCAAGGCGAAUUUGAAGGAUGCCACAACUGGAUUUUUACAAAGUGAAUCUCAAAAGGCGCCCGAAAGAAAAUUAAACAUCAUGGUUGACGCUGCAGUUCUUGCUAAAUUGGAAGAUGGUUUCGCCAAGUUGGCUGCCUCUGACUCCAAGUCAUUAUUGAAGAAAUACUUGACCAAGGAAGUGUUCGACAACUUGAAGAACAAGAAGACCCCCACUUUCGGCUCAACUUUGUUGGAUGUCAUUCAAUCUGGUUUGGCCAAUCACGAUUCCGGUGUCGGUAUCUAUGCUCCUGAUGCUGAGGCUUACACCGUCUUCGCUGAUUUGUUCGAUCCCAUCAUUGAGGAUUACCAUGGUGGUUUCAAGAAGACCGACAAACACCCCGCCAAGGACUUUGGUGAUGUAAACUCGUUCGGAAAUUUGGAUCCCAACAAUGAAUUUGUUAUUUCUACACGUGUGCGUUGCGGUCGCUCCAUGGAGGGUUAUCCAUUCAACCCAUGUCUAUCCGAAGCCCAGUACAAGGAGAUGGAAGAGAAGGUCUCAUCCACUUUGUCUGGUUUGGAGGGAGAGUUGAAGGGCAAAUUCUACCCAUUGACUGGCAUGGAGAAAUCAGUUCAACAACAAUUGAUCGAUGAUCAUUUCUUGUUCAAGGAGGGUGAUCGUUUCUUGCAAGCCGCCAACGCUUGCCGUUAUUGGCCAUCUGGUCGUGGUAUUUACCACAACGACAACAAGACUUUCCUGGUGUGGUGCAAUGAGGAAGAUCAUUUGCGUAUCAUCUCCAUGCAAAUGGGUGGUGAUUUGGGCGAAGUUUUCCGUCGUCUGACCAAUGCCGUCAAUGAAAUUGAGAAGCGCGUUCCAUUCAGUCAUGAUGAUCGUUUAGGCUUCUUGACUUUCUGCCCCACCAACUUGGGUACCACCAUCCGUGCGUCUGUGCACAUUAAAUUGCCUAAAUUGGCUGCCAACCUUGCCAAAUUGGAAGAAGUUGCUGGCAAAUACAACUUGCAAGUGCGCGGUACUCGCGGUGAACACACCGAGGCUGAGGGCGGUAUCUACGAUAUCUCCAACAAGCGCCGUAUGGGUCUCACCGAAUACCAAGCCGUCAAGGAGAUGUACGAUGGCAUCACUGAACUCAUCAAGAUCGAAAAGAGCAUGUAAAUUGCUACAAUUUAAGAAGCGUAGCGUCAUUUCGACUCAUUAUUAUUAUAAUAGUACGUCGAAAGUUUAUUUGUAGUCAAGCAGAUGUUGUGUAGUUUAGUAUGUAUUGCGUAGAGGAAAUAAAAAGGGUGCAGCAGUGACAGGUCCCGGCAUUUUUUGAAUAAAUACUAAUUGGGAAGCUGUCUUUGCUGCGUUCGUAAGAGAUGCCUUCCUGGAGAAGAACAAAAACAACACCAUCUACAACACUGCAACCACCAGAACACUAUUUAACAAUGAAAACACUCUAUCCUUAAAAAUGAAAACAACAGAAGAAGACGUCAAAUGUUUGGACAUUUUUUGUGAAACUGAAGAUA